GUUAUUGCAACUUUCAGAUACCAGUUCGAGAUCUGUGUUGGUGUUGCUGAGAUGGAAAAAGCUGGUGCUACCAAAAUCGCUGUUGAGAUGGGAAAGGCUGAUGCUGCCAGAAUCGCUAUUGAGGUGGAAAAAGCUGGUGCUGCCGGAAUUGCUGUUUGUUCGAGAAA